CGACGAGGGUGUCCAAAGCAUUAAAACUUUCCUGGGGUUACGCAGCUGGCUUUUAUAACCAGCUUUAAAGCGCCUGCAGCAGGGGCCCGGUGCUCACCCCGCCGCCAUUUUGCGGGGAGGGUGAAGCGGAAGCCCCGCCCUCUGCCAGGCAAGCGGAAGCGCUAUGCCGUCACUUCCGCCCGCGGCGCGGCCAUCCAAUGGCGGGGCGGGCUGUGUUUUGGCGCUGAAUACGAAGGGGCGCGCGGAGGCGGGCGCGCGGCCCCGCCCCGUCAUGGCGGCCGUGCCGCAGAACAACCUGCGGGAGCAGCUGCAGCUCCACUCGGCCCGCGGCUCCUUCGGCAAGCUGCCCCCGCCGCGGGCCCGGCCGGCGGGCUUUACCUUCAAGAAAACCUCCCCGGCUGGGGCCCUGCCCGCGGAGCGGGAGCCUCGGGGCCUCGCCGCCGCCUCUGCAUUAAGGGACAAAGAUGUCAACACCUCCCUGCCUGCCCUCGCCUCGUCCCUCCCAGCCUCCACCGGCAAGAAAACACAAAUCGGGGAUUACUUUCCACCAGCAGCCGGCCCCCGUGGACAGAGCCUGCAGCCGGCCUGUGCCAGCCCGGCGCUUGCCAGGCCCCUGCUGGCCAGGCUUCGGGAGGCGUCACAAGUCCCCGCCGGCUCUGGGAAGAGGAGCCUGCCCCAGGGGCUGUGUGGCGUUGCCACCCGGGAGGCUGGACCCGGGCCUGCAGCUGGCCCAGUCAUUGCCAUCGAUGAUGAGUGGGAUGACAUUGACGAUUUUGAUUUGUCGGGAAUGGAAAAGAAGUCUUGCAGACCGCCAGUCCCGUCCCCCAAGGGGCAGCAGGCCUCCUGCAAGCCUUCCCAGAGGUCAAAGCCUUGCCUGGAUGAGCCACCUGGCUUUCCCAGGACUGUGGGCGAUGUGCCUGGCAGCCAUGACGCUCUGGGGUGUGGGGAGACCUCACCAGAGGCUGAACAAGAACCCUUGUCACAGCAAUCGGUGAUCUGUCUUGAGGAUUCAGCUCCCUGCAGCCGUACCAAGGCUGCGAGGGAGGGCCUUUGGGAGAAUUUACCUGCUGAUGUGAUUUUGGAUGGUGCCAGGGAAGAGGCUUGCCCAGCUGCUAAUGAUAAAAGUAGUGAGAGCCAGAAGCCAAGCAGUGAUGAGAAAAACACCCCCCCUGAACAGGAUGAGGCAGACAUCCAGCCGUUUUCAGGUACUGAGCUUGAAGAGGAUGAUUACCUAGAUAUUGUUCCACCCUCCCCUGAAGAAGAGCUGCCUUCCUUCUCGCCUGCUGUAAAAAGCAUUAGUAAUGUUUUCAAAGAAUCCCCCACUGGUGGAAGACCCACAGCUAGCAGCAUUGAGUCCAAGUCUGGGGAGGAUGCCACAAUCCAGCCUGUUGCGGAAAGUACUUCUAGUGUGGAGGAUGCAGAUAAAGGCUUGCAGUUGGAACAGCAACUCUAUGAUGUUAUGGAUGAUAUCUGUAAGCUGGUUGAUGCCAUUCCGCUUCAUGAGCUGAAGUUUCUGUCAUGUGCAAAAGAACUUCUCCAACAGAGAGAUCUCAGGAGAAAAUUGCUAGCUAAUUCUGUCACUUCAAACAAAAGUAGCAUAAACUACACUUUUCCUAGAAACUGGGAGGCUUGUGUGGAGCGGGGCCCUCUGGCAUGUCCUGGUACUGCUCUGUGCUCUACUCCAAACUGGAGCUUCAGUUCUGACAGAAACUCACCAAAAUCCACAAACCUCCCAUCUAUGCUUUCUGGGACUGUUAAUUCAAGCAGUUUUUCUACCAAAAGAAAUCAACCCUUGGAUACCUCUUGUGCUUCAAAGCAAAGUAUUGAGAUCACCUGCCCAGAAACUACAGCGUUGUCCUCUUCCAAGGUAGAUGGCAAAGAGGGAGCUUUCCACGGCCUCCGUUCUGAGGUGUCCUUCAACAGCAGCUGGGGUGAAAAACCAGGGGUGAAAAAUAGUGGAAACCAUCAUCUGCUGGAGAGGGCUUUUACAAGCACAGCUCUGAAAGGUCAGAGCAAAGCUCCUCCUAGCAUUCCUGCAGAAGACCCAUUAGGUGUAAAGGAUACAGACUUUGACCUUGAUCACUUUGAUAUUGAUGAUUUUGAUGAGGACUGGGAGAAUUCGGUGAAUGUUUCGACACCUGAGACGCCAUCUACGCCAUUGUAUCAGCCUGUCAGGGAAGGGCCACCUGCCAAAUCGCUGCUGUCGAAGAUCAUGUCCAGAGCCAAAGGAUCUGCUCUUGGAUCAAACCCUGCUGCUCCAAAAUCGAGCUUCCUGAUGGGAACAAAGAACCGUUCAGAUCUGCCAGUUAAUAACCCUACACUAGAACGUUUCAGGGGUAUGAAAUUUUCCCAUUCUGAAGAUAUGAUGAAUGUAUUUCACAAAAAGUUUGGUUUGCACUGUUUUCGGACAAAUCAGCUGGAAGCCAUCAAUGCUGCUCUUCUGGGUGAAGAUUGUUUUAUCUUAAUGCCCACAGGUGGUGGUAAAAGCUUGUGCUACCAGUUGCCAGCGUGUGUCUCAGCUGGUGUCACUAUUGUUAUCUCUCCACUGAGGUCACUGAUAAUAGAUCAAGUUCAGAAACUGAAGACCUUAGAUAUUGCUGCGACGUAUCUGACUGGUGAUAGAACAGAUACUGAUGCUUCAAAAAUAUAUAUGCAGUUAUCAAAAAAAGAUCCUGUAAUAAAGCUUCUUUAUGUUACCCCUGAGAAGAUUUGUGCGAGCAACCGACUGAUGUCAGCCCUGGAAAAUCUCUACGACAGGAAACUCCUAGCACGUUUUGUCAUUGAUGAGGCCCACUGUGUCAGCCAGUGGGGUCAUGAUUUUCGGCAAGACUACAAACGAUUGAAUAUGCUCCGCAAGAAGUUUCACUCUGUUCCUAUGAUGGCUCUUACUGCCACUGCUAACCCCAGAGUACAGAAGGAUAUUCAGAAUCAGCUUGAGAUGCUAAAACCACAAGUGUUUACAAUGAGCUUCAACAGGCAUAACUUGAAAUACGAUGUAUUGCCCAAGAAGCCAAAGAAGGUGGCAAUGGAUUGCUUGGAAUGGAUUAAAAAAUAUCAUCCGUAUGACUCUGGAAUAAUUUAUUGCCUUUCACGUCAUGAAUGUGACACAACAGCGGCUGUUCUGCAGAAGGAAGGUCUUGCUGCACUUGCCUAUCAUGCUGGCCUCACUGACUCCAACAGAGAUCUUGUACAGAGGAAGUGGAUUAACCAAGAAGGGUGCCAGGUUAUAUGUGCAACAAUUGCCUUUGGAAUGGGAAUUGAUAAACCUGAUGUGCGCUAUGUGAUCCAUGCUUCUCUUCCUAAAUCUAUAGAGGGUUACUAUCAAGAAUCUGGCAGAGCUGGACGAGAUGGUGAAAUGUCUCACUGCGUGCUCUUCUACAGCUACAGUGACGUAACCAGACUUAGAAGGCUAAUACUAAUGGAGAAAGACGGAAACAGUCACACAAGACAGACCCACUUUAACAACCUGUACAGCAUGGUUCACUACUGUGAGAACGUAAUUGAUUGCCGGAGAAUUCAGCUUUUGGCCUACUUCGGGGAAACUGAUUUCAAUCCUACCUUCUGUAAGGAUCACCCAGAAGUAAUUUGCGAUAACUGCAGUAGAAAGAAGGAUUACAAAUCAAGAAAUGUAACAGAUGAAGUGAAGAGCAUUAUAAGAUUUGUACAAGAGCAUUGUGGACGAAGGGGACAAAUAAAUGGAAAGAGAAAUACAGGUUCUGGAAGAUACACGUUGAAUAUGAUGGUAGACAUUUUCUUAGGUACAGCGAGUGCAAAGAUUCAGUCUGGAAUAUUUGGGAAGGGAGCUGCCUACUCAAGGCAUAAUGUUGAAAGACUGUUUAGAAAGCUGGUCUUAGACAAGAUUCUGGAUGAAGAGUUGUACAUCACAGCUAAUGACCAAGCGGUUGCAUAUAUAGUUCUAGGAGAGAAAGCUCAGGCUGUGCUAAAUGGAUCGCUACAGGUGGAGUUUCAUGAAACAGAAAGUGCCAGUGCCAUCAGAAAGCAAAAGGCUUCCAUGGCAAAAAUGUCACAGCGGGAAGAGAUGGUUAAAAAGUGCCUUGGGGAACUUACAGACACAUGCAAAACGCUUGGGAAAAUCUUUGAUGUGCAUUACUUCAAUAUUUUCAGUACUUCAACUCUAAAGAAAAUAGCGGAAACCUUGUCAUCUGAUGUGGAAGUUUUACUGCAGAUUGAUGGUGUCACAGAAGACAAACUGGAAAAAUAUGGUGCAGAAAUAAUUAAAGUGAUGGAUAAGUACUCUGAAUGGACCAUACCAGAAGAUGCUGCCUGCCAAAGUGUGGACACAGCUACAGGAAGUACUGCCACACCUGAAAGCGAUGAAGCAGCGGAAGAUGCAGUUACAACCUCAAGCUAUUUUUGCAAUAAUGCAAACCAAAGAAGGAAAAGGAAAAGGCAAAGGCCGCCAAACUUCAGAGAAUCAAAGAGGAAAAAAACAAGUAAUGGUGGUGUCCAGCAGUUUCUUCCCAAAGGUGGUUACAGAAGGACCAGAAAGCCGCCUAGCUCGAAGGCUCCAGCUUCAUCUGGCUACAGUUCGGCAUUACCCGGUGUUCGUGCCACGCAAGGAGCUGCUGGAAAGCUGGGGAUUAUGGCAGCACCAAAACCCAAAACCAGACCAUUCCUUCAGCCUUCGUAUUCAGUAUUCUAACCAAGAAAAUGUAAAUACUGUAUAAAAGCAAGCCCUGAAGAUGCAAUCAUUGUUUAUUAAAUUUUUGUUUCAUUUGCUAAACCUUCCAAGACUUGUAUAUUUGUCAAGUACGAAACCUCACAUUAAAUAAAUGUUUUUAAACUCCUAA